GGGGAACCUGCCAAUGUGGCGCUACUGCGCUGCGGAUUACUCGGCUGCUCUCCAGCGCAACCCACUGUGGCUAUUCAUCUCCACUGUCUCGAACUCUACCAUCAAAUUCGGAGGCGACAAUCUUCGUUCAGCGUUCAAUCUAUUACUAAAGUUCUUUGUAGCCUUCACAAUGUAACUUAUUCUCGCCACUUGUGGGAGCAGUUUACGAUAGCUUUCGAUAUAUACCUUCAAAUUAAACGUGAGGUUUGGCGAUUGAUUGACCGUGCGCUCAACCGAGAUGGCACUGACUGGCAUCUGAAAGGUUCUUGCCCAAGUUGCGCAUUUGAACAACCCAAUGAACCACCACUCAUCCCUCGCAGACUUCACAGCAUGGAUGGCAACCACUCAGCCAAACGUCUGGAUGGUUCGGGGUCUGCUGAUCAACGCUUGUUUCACAGUUGCUAUUUCAUACCUGUCUCUGCGGUUGAGCAGUUUCGUGAUGACGUUCGCAACCGGCCGGGUGAACGUUCGACAAGGGACAAUAUUACCUGCACCGAAAAGUGGGCUGCUGCCAAGUCUGUGGAGGAGGACAAGAUAUCUGUCUUCGAGCAGACUGGAAUAUUCAUCUUAGCAUGUCGGCAUGGCUUCGUGGAAUGUAUCGCAGAGAUGAAGCAUAGCGGUGAACCCACAAAGUACGGACUUGCCGCUGUCAGCCGGCUGCUUGAAGUCUGUGGUCAAGACCAAGGACUUGGCCAUGAUAUCGGCUGCUCGUCACACAAAACCACUGCCGCCAGUUCUAUUGGUGAUCUUGCCACCAGACUAAACCUUGUUGUUGCCGUCAACACUUUUCAUGGGUAUGCGCACAAUCGCCGGUGCCAGCUGCACCAUCAUCCGCUUUACCUCCAAGGCUUCAGUAAUGAAGACCUGGAAAUAUGUGAACAUAUUUUCUCCAGUUCUAAUGGUGCCACAGUUUUGAUCCGCCACUCAUCAUAUUUUCAUUGGAUGCAAUUUAUAGACCUUCAUUUUGACCAGUGGGACCAAGACAAGUAUUUUGAAUUGAGUACGUGUUUGAUAUUUAUUUCGUACACCUCUAAUUAA